UCCCGCCGGCUCUGUCCACAAAGCAAAAUAAAAAUCAAUUAUUAAAAAACAAAAAAGAAAAAGAAAAAUACAAUUUGAAUAAUUUGAUUAGGUUGUGCCAUUCUGGUUUCUUCUUCAUUCAUCAUAGAAAAGAGAUUGAAUCCAGCGCCCCUUCCGAUUCCGCAUACAGAAGAUUCCAUUCCGUCCCGAUGGUGGCCAGAGGCGUGCCGGCGGAGGUGGCGACCACGGCGGUGUUCUCGGUGGCCGCCGCCCUUAACCUGACCAAAUCGUCCUUGUCGUCGUCGUCGAACUGGUGGCACGACAUCAACGCAUCGUCUGUCUGGCAGGAUCGUAUAUUCCACAUCCUCGCCGUCCUCUACGGCAUCGUAGGCGCCGUCGCGCUGGUUCAACUCGUUCGGAUACAAUUGAGGGUGCCGGAAUAUGGAUGGACGACGCAGAAGGUCUUUCACUUUCUCAAUUUUUUGGUGAAUGGGGUUCGAUGUCUAGUUUUCGUCUUCCGUCGGAAUGUGCAGAAGUUUCAGCCGGAGAUUGUUCAACAUAUCUUACUAGACAUGCCAAGUCUUGCUUUCUUCACAACUUAUGCACUUUUAGUUCUCUUCUGGGCGGAAAUUUAUUACCAGGCACGUGCAGUAUCUACUGAUGGACUCAGACCAAGUUUCUAUUCAAUUAAUGCUGUAGUUUACGUUAUUCAGCUUGCUUUAUGGUUGUUAUUAUGGUGGAAACCUAUUAGGGUGCUGCUCAUCCUGUCUAAGGUGUUCUUUGCAGGAGUCUCAUUGUUUGCAGCCCUUGGCUUUCUUCUCUAUGGUGGAAGACUAUUCUUGAUGCUGCAACGCUUUCCUGUUGAAUCCAAAGGUCGACGGAAGAAGCUGCAAGAGGUUGGCUAUGUGACCACAAUAUGUUUUUCAUGUUUCCUUGUCAGAUGUGUUAUGAUGUGCUUUGAUGCAUUUGACGAAGAUGCUGACCUUGAUGUCCUGUACCAUCCCAUCCUAAACUUCAUCUAUUACCUGUUGGUGGAAAUAUUACCUUCUUCCUUGGUCCUUUUCAUUUUGAGGAAGUUGCCACCCAAGCGUGGUAUCACACAGUACCACCCAAUUCGUUGAAAAGUUUGAAAAUACGGAUAAAACCUAGUCAGGCCAUCAUUAGUGGCUCUCUGGAUGUUUCUCACACUAGAAGGAUAACUUCCUGAGGGCGUUCAAUCUUUUCUAUGUUGAAUGACAAAGCUAAUAUCAUGUACUUUAUAGUUCUCCCAUGAGGUUUGUAGAUUUUGAAGUGACAUUUUAUGGGUCGGUGAACGUGUUGAGCUGUGUUACAUAUGUGAUAUUUGUUGUCUCUAGGUGAAUUUGGUUGCUCGUUGAGGUUCGGAGAUUUAACAUUAAUGAGCAACCAUUUGGGGAGAAGGGAACGCUGAUGUAUUGUAUAAUAGAGUUCAAGUCUUGUAACUGCCUCCAGUUGUUGAAAUUAAUUGUUCCUCUGAUUUUUUAGUCAACCUUUCUUUCCUUA